AUGGUGAACAAUGAUAAGUCAUUUCAACAACAGAUCCAAACGAUAAGACAAAUCAAUGGCGGAAUAAAGAGUGAACUCGAGAUGAAGACCACGAAUCAGACCGAAGCUCAGAAGUACGGUCUGGAGGAAAGGCUACGCCUUGAGUGCCCAUUGGAUGCGUUGGACGCCCAGCACAGGGCCGCCAAACAGAAGGUCCACUCCAUAUGGAAACGACACGCGGAGGCCAUGAAGAGUGUCCGCGAUUUGUUUGAAAAGCCAUUGAUUGCUUUCGCAAACGUAAACGCAUUUGAAGUGAAGGAAAGCAAUGAUAUCUAUCAAGAAGUGAGAGAUUCAAGAAAUUUUACGGGAAAAGUAGUUUUAGUGACCGGAAGUGCUCAGGGAAUUGGUGAGGGUAUUAUCAAACUAUACUCAGCUCUCGGGGCGAGUGUUGUCAUCACAGGUAGGAAAGCCGUAGAGAUUUCAAGAGUGGCCAAAGAAGCGCAAGAAUUGUCACCGAAAAAACUUAAACCGUUAGAAGUGACCGCAGAUCUGACCAAAGAUGAAGAUUUGCAGCAUUUGUUUAAUGAGACCAUAAAGGCGUACAAAGGGUUGGAUGUAUUGGUCAAUAACGCCGGGCUAUUAAUCAACUCUUCGGCGACCGAUAAAAACUUUUUGUCCGUUUUGGACAAAUCGGAGAAAAUAGACUUAAGAGCAUCACUAGAGCUGAUCCGACUUAGUGUUCCGUAUCUCAAAAAAUCCAACGGAUCUGUGGUUAACAUUUGCAGCACUUAUAUUGAACACCCGCAAAUAUCCUAUUUGGGGUACGAUAUCGCAAAAGCGGCGCUGGGAAUGGCAACCAAGGUACUUUCAAUAGAGUUGGCCCCACAGGGUAUACGUGUUAACUCUGUCAGCCCGAGUGUUGUUCAGUCCCAUCCGCGCAAUGAGAGCUCUGACUGGGAAUUGAAAAUUAUGGACAAAGCGGUCAAAACGACACCAUUGAGACGGCCCGGCCUUCCCAUUGAUAUCGCCAAAGGAGUGGUAUUCCUGUCCUCAUCGGACGCCUCAUUCAUAACGGGACACAAUCUGGUGGUCGACGGAGGGCUCAGAUAUAACGAGGAUUCAGAUUAUAUGAAUGUAUAA